AUGGCUGGUGAUCUUAACGGCAUCGGCUUCAGCCUCCGCGUUCGCGUUAUCCCACCCACUAGAGAAAGUCAGGUCGCCAGGCCGCCGCGCUCUCCAGUCGAUUUCCAGUUCGUGGGCGAAGAUGAAGUACCUCUGGGUGCUGUCCGUUCUGGCGGCUGUCUCGGCAGCCACCCUAGCAACUCCUUCGCCGACGGAGCAGAGUGCCUCAUCCUCUGGACCAGCCAGCUCGUGAGGAGGGUGAAGGAGUUCGUCUUCUACUUCCCUCCAACCUACUACCACGGGCCGCCGCCUGUGUACCCUGGCGGGACUUUCUUUGGAGGUGGUUCGGGAGUUCCUUCUGGAGGAAGGCCAGUUACUCAAAAUCCUGGAGGGAGUAAACCUACAACUCCAAAACCUGGAGGAAGAAGACCCCCGACCCUAAGACCAGCGGGUACGAGACCAUCGACGUCGAAACCAGGAAGUGAUAAAUCAAAAGGAGCCAGAACCACAACACGUAGACCGGCGGGAACUAAACCCACCACACCCAAGACAACCACUACGGUAUCCACCACAAGUGUAAGCACGAAAUCCACAACUGUAAGCACGACGGCAAAAACCACGCCUCCAACUCAAAGUACCGAGCAGACAUUCGUAGACGAAACGACCAUCAGACCCUUUUACAACAUGCUCUGUGGAGUUUGCCCGCCUAUGAAGCAAUGCUUGUGUCCUGGAGUACAUUUUUAGUGGGCUAAGAUGCGAAGAUAACUCUUUGUAUGAAACUAACAAAGGAUCAAAAAGAAGGAUGUCUAACCUUUACACCUGAAAAUAUUUAUUAUAACAUUAAGAAAAAUCAACGAAUUGAAUCGGCAAUGGCAAUAGUGUAUAUUGAUGGACUGAAGACUGAUUCCAGUUUGUAGUUUAAGGUAUACAAAUUGUAAAUAGAAUAUUUAGUCUAAUUAUCCUUGAGUUAUUUUUACAGAUAGGCAGUUUAAGGUGAGUUCAAUUCACUACUCAACUUUUGAUAUAUUUUAUCCUUUCCCCUGUAUUUAAUUAUUUCUAUAAUAAAAAAAAAUUGUCAAUUUUAA